GUUCAAGGAGGUCUAUAUUUAGCAACACGUGGGGAUUCCGCCAGCAUCGUCACGUGACGUCGGCAAAAUGGCGACCGAUUUGCAGGAUCCAAAGUUCCGGAUAGAUCAGGCCAGCCAAGCAGGUCAGGAGUUCGCCAAGCUCUACUAUGAAACGUUUGACAAAAGAAGGACGUUGCUGCCUAAACUGUACUUGCCCUCAGCUACUAUGGUGUGGCAGGGGAACCCAGUUAGUGGGAUGGAUGCCAUUGCCAAAUUCCAGGAAAGCCUGCCUACUAGUGAGGUGUCCCUAGAAUCAGUAGACUGCCAGCCUCUGCCAGAUAGCGUAACUCAAGGGCAGACCAGUAUCCUAGUUUCCACAUGUGGAGCUGUAACAUUUCAUGGAAAUCCUAUCAGAACUUUUACCCAGAGUUUUAUGUUGACUGUUCACAAGACUGAUGAAAGCAAGGCUAUCAGUUGGAAAAUAGCCAGUGACUGCUUUAGGUUACAGGAUUCUUGAUGAGGAAUAAAUAAUGUUUAGUUCCAAAUUUGUUGAGACAAUUGAAAGCACUUGAAUUGUCCAGAAUUAAGUCAUUUUGAGAUAUUCAGUGGACAUUGAAAGUGGCAUGCACUUCUGACCGUUAGCUGUCAUUUCUGUAAGGCUACUGGCUCAUGUUUUUUUUUUUUU